AUGGCACCAGACUGGUCUCUCCUAAGCCAUAUAAUAAAUGAACUGAUAGAAACAGAACGGGUUUAUGUAGAGGAACUUCAGAGCAUAUUAGAGGGCUAUGCCUCAGAAUUGGAGAAUCCUGAUUUAAUACACUUGGUCCCAACUGCAAUUUCAAACAAGAAGGAAAUUCUGUUUGGAAACCUAUCUGAAAUCUAUGAAUUUCACAACAGAAUCUUCCUCAAAGAGCUGGAAAACUGUAUUGAAAAUCCAGAGCUUCUUGGUCGGUGCUUUUUAAAAAGGAAAGAAGAUCUCCAAAUAUAUGAAAAAUAUUGCCAAAACAAGCCAAGGUCAGAGGCUCUCUGGAGACAAUGUGGAGACAGUCUUUUCUUCCAGGAAUGUCAGCGGAAACUAGACCAUAAACUCUCCCUUGACGCUUAUCUUUUGAAGCCUGUGCAGAGGAUUACCAAGUACCAGCUGCUUUUGAAAGAAAUGUUGAAAUGCAGCAAGAAUUCAGAAGGCACCGCUGAACUGGAAGAAGCGCUGGCUACAGUGCUUGAUAUCAUCAAGUCGGCUAAUGACUCCAUGCACCAGAUCGCGAUUACAGGGUAUGAGGGAGAUGUUCAUGAGCUUGGCAAGCUGCUACUUCAGGGCUCCUUCAAUGUUUGGACCGAUCACAAGAAAGGCCACAACAAAGUGAAAGAUUUGGCUCGGUUCAAGCCGAUGCAGAGGCAUCUCUUCCUAUAUGCAAAGAUCCUACUGUUUUGCAAGAAGCGAGAAGAAAAUACAGAUGGCCAUGAGAAGUCUCCAUCCUACAGCUUUAAAAAUUCUUUAAAGAUGAGCACUGUCGGCAUUACUGAAAACGUCAAAGGGGAUAACAAGAAAUUUGAGAUCUGGUACAAUGGCAGAGAAGAAGUGUACAUUAUUCAGGCUGCUUCUGUGGAACUGAAGAAUACGUGGGUUUCCGAGAUUAGGAAAGUCCUGACUGGACAGCUGGAGGCUUGCAGAGAAGCCAGUCAACUGCACCAAAGAAUCACCGAGAGUGUGUAUCACGCGCCCAUGAAUUCAUCCAACACCUCCAGGUAAAGAUUACGCCAAUAACUGUGGUGCGAUC